UAGACGAAGAACACGAGGGUGAAGACAUCACUAUCGCUUUGCCUUGUUUACGACAUUUAGAUUUAUGGGACUCGAGAGACAAGAGCAAGGGCGGUGUGUAUAUAUGAUAGAAUGCCCUCGCCUUGAGUACCUUAAGAUUGUCGAUGAUGUUGUCUACGACUCUCGUCGAAUUGAGAAUAUGCCCAAUUUGAACGAGGCGCAUGUUGACAUCACUCAAGGAGUUACUCACAGGUUUCUGAGAGCUCUUGCUUCAACCCGCCGCCUUUAUUUAUGUGUAUCACUACACUCAGAGGUCCCUAGUAUGGUCAUCUGCUUCUAUCGGCUUGUUCAUCUCGAGCUAAGUACAUGUGCGCAAGGUUGGUGGGAGCUUCUCACUCAAAUGCUCCAAAAUUCUCCCAAACUAGCAUCUCUCAAACUCACUGAUGAACAUGAGCUUCAUUUUCCUAGUGAAGAAACUCCAGAUUGUUGGAAGCAGCCGAGUUCUAUUCCCGACAGUCUUGAAACUUUCGCAUGGAUCGGUAACAAAGGCAGACGAGGAGAUUCAGAGGUGGCGAACUUCAUCAUAAGGAAUGCUACACGUUUGAAGACUGCAACUUUCUUGCCACAAUCCAAUGAUGUUGAAGCCAAAUAUAAGAUGCUCAAGGACUUGGUAUCUCUGACUACGCCUUCAAUUCCGUGUCAGCUUCUUUUCGACUGAAAAAUUACACAAGAAACAGCAGAACAAGUGCAAGACAAAACUGACUCUCUUUAUCUCUCUCUUAUUUUGGUUGUCCUUUAAAGGUUUAAGAAUAUUCUAAAUGUAAAUCGCAGGCUCACAAAAAUUUUUGUAUAAAAGGAAACAUAUUCAAAGACACCUACCUGCUUAAGCUUUGGUCAUUGCACAAAGCGUUCCCAAAACGUUCGUGGAUUCCACUUGUGAAUCUCCCUGUUCUUCUAGGAGCAACCGCAAUUAUGCCUGCAACCGCGGUGAACUACAAUUCGUGGAUAUUGGUCGGGACGAUAUUCAACUU